ACACAGUGACAACUGACACUUAAACUAAAAUGUAAACAAAUUCAAAUACGCGGUGCCUUAAUUUAAUUUCCAUUUUAAUAGUAACACUCAACAAAUCAAAUAAUGCUCCUUUAUUGUAACCCGUUAAAAACAACAUUAAAACUGACCCGUACCAACUUGUGACCAUCAUGUCCCUCAAACCGAACCAAAUGUCCCAUAAUAAAACCAGUAGCCCCCUAAAGCCUUCGAAAGAAACACGGGGCCCCGCGGAACACUCGGACGGUGACGGAGACCUAGAGAUCGUGCUUCCCGAGUCGCCCCCUAAAAGAUCCCCGCGUAAAUCGCCCAUAAAAAUCGACCCCAAAGUGGUGGAGACCAUCGAGGAUGAAAUCGAGGAGGAGCUGAAGAAAAAGGCCGAAAAGUCCAACUUGACUGUACACAAUGUUAAGAGUAUUAUUAGGCAAGUGUUGACGAACGAACACGUGAGGGCCAUGUUGGAGAAUAACGCCUCCGAUGAUGAAAGUCCCGAGAUGGUGCCUUUCGAACCGAAAUUGACCAGAGCCAAAGCCAAGGAACUAUAUUCAUCAAACUCCUCACCGGUUAAUAUACCUUGGGUGCCUGUGCCACCCCCCUCAGAAACCCAUGUGCUUAUCGGGGAAGAUUUAAAAGAAGACGAUUCCGGUGACGAGUAUGUCCCCGGAGAAGAUGAGAGCGAAGACGAAAAUAACGAAUCGUGUGCCAGUGAGUCUGAUGUUAAUUCCUUACCACCACCGACUCCCCCCACGAUUUGUACUGAAGACCAAUCGACUCAAACCACUGAGCUCACUUAUACCGAUGAUGGGGUAUUUAAGAUACCGCCGCCUAAAAGUUUACAAGAAGAAGCAGCAGAUGAGGUGGCCAAUAUAGCCUUAAGAACACGCUCGAAAAUUAACUUAAGUUCCACCCCUUUGGAGGUUAUCGAGGAAAGUUUCAUUCCACCCGAUAUCACUACCGAUAUGUACGAUAUGGAGUGCGACGAUGACGAUUGGAAGGAGUUUUUGAAGGGCUUCACGAAACCACUUGAAGAAUUAACGAAACCUACUGAAGAUGAAGAGCACGAUCCUGAAUAUGAUUACUUGGCGGAUGAUGAUAAGAACCUGUUGGAUAAGGAGGACUUGAGGAUCGAUAAGGCCGUGAAAAUUACCAAAAAAGAGGUGAAAGAGCUUUGGGAGGAAGUGUUCGAUUAUCUGCACAAUCUGUCUUGCGAAUACGAUGAGAAAUACCAGUCGCAAGAGCAAACUGCCAUACAGGAAAUGUUAAACAGUUCUUUGGCUAACAUAGGACCGGACAUUAGUUGUGUCGGACUGGAUAAUAGUGUUCAGGUGGAGGAAAAAAAGUCAAUUUUCGACCUAAAACUAACUUAUCAGCAACUGUGCAUCAUCGAGCAACAGAUGAGGCAGCACGUACAAAUGCUCGCUCAAAAUUUCCUGCUUACAUUCGAGCAUCCCGAGUACCACGAGUUUAGCCGGCAAGUGAAAGAGUACUUGUUGAAUUUAAAAUAUUUGGGGGAGGGCAGGACCUAUUCGGUGUUCAGACCCUCGAACUUGCUCCUUGCCUUGGAAGUCGUCGACUCUUGGGCAAAGUUAUUCGAAACGAACUGUUCGGAAGUUAUCGACACUAGAAGGCACGUACAGCAAGAACUCUCAAAAUCCCUACACUACAAAAUGGCUGGUAACUGGCAAUACAUCCUGACCUUCCCGAAACUUAUACUAGAAACCGUCUCGAAAAGUGAAGUGUUCACUUAUCCGUCACUUUUACCGCAAAUCCCUUUUAAAUCCGAACAGUUUUUCGGGUCGAAAAGUCGUUUUUCUGAUGCGGAAGAACGCUUGUUGGCUUUCGGUCUGGAUCAAUUUAAAACGUUCCUCUUGGGGACGGAAAAGGGCAAAAAAGUCCACUUAAAUGACGUAAUCGGCCACGUGCAAGAGCACAUGAUGCCGCACCGCACCAAAGGGAGCAUCUUGAAGCACAUAGUGAAAACGAAACAUCCGAGAUGCGUCACGAAUCCCAUUCAGCAAUAUUUUAUGCUUAACAAAGUGAAACCGGUGGUGCAUUAUAUUUAUCCUUUGGAUCAGCUGGUGGCGCCAUGUAAAAGGUUACCGGAAGAACUACCGGCGCAAUGGCGGGAUUUUGUCAAUGUACGUUGGGGGAAUGUUUUUGCUAACCAGAAUGUUUUGAACCUUCCGACUGUGAUUCCCCAGCAGUAUAUCAUCAUAAAGACCCCGCUGACGAAUUCUUCACUGACCCCCUUAAUAACCACCAGUCCGUUUGUUAUACAGGCACAGCCCACCCGGACGCCUAAAAAGUCUGCAAAAAAGGCCAAAACUAACUUGGCAAAAGCGUUCGAUGCCGCCGUAAAGCAUGAUUACCCCAAUAAAACCUCACAGAAUUCGCCAAAAAGUCAACUUAAACGGGCCGAUUUGAACAGCAGCCUGACAUCAAUAGAGCAAUUUGUCUCGAUAUUUUUAAGGCCAAUUCCCAUACAGCAUCUGGUGAGGUUUUUAAUGGACCUAAAUAAUAAACCUGCAAGGGUAAACAGGGUGUUUGUCAGUUCAAACAUGUUAAGCAUGCCAAGUUUAAGCACCCCCUUAAAGGCGAUGGAAGAUAAUGCUGAAGAGCCAAAUGUUGACAAUAAAAGGCCUGAAACAGUGACGUCGAGUAGCACAGUGAUUAACCAAGACAGAAAAGAGAAAGUGUCAAAAAAUUUAGAGUUUUUGACUAUAACAAAUAGCAGUUUCCAAAAGGAGAACACUAGCAGUGAGGUGGAGUUCAGUACUGAAUUGAACAGUAUACAGAUUUCACAAAUAUUACAAAGUGAGGAGGCGGAUGGGCCUGGUGGUGGUAGUAGCGGCUAUAGUUCUUCAGGAACAGUAAAGAAUAAUUCGACGCAAAACAGCACCACCCUAGCAAAAUCCAACACCAAAAAAGAGCCAACAGUACCAAAAAAAAAAGGUAUCAAAAUCAAAAAAGACUUCUUGGCCAAUCUGGCAAUUGCUUCCCCCGCAGAUCCUGAAUCAGAAAAACAUAAAAAUGAACUGUUUGCUAUAGCAUACUAUGACAAACUCAGGGAAACAUUAGACCUAGAAGACUAUCAUAAACUAAUGCAAGUCCUAAACGAUUUUGGUUCGGGGGAUGUCAUUGAUUUGUACAAAGACGUCCAGGGCAUCCUGCAGCCAAAAUACACGGAACUAGCCGAAGAGUUUUUGCUAUUUUUAAGGGAAAAAGAAGCGAUGGCAGUGGGGCAGCUGAUGCCCUGGCUAGAAAUGCAAGCGAGAACCAGGUUCUUGCGUAAAUUAGAGAUUUUCCUUAAAGACCAACCCGGGCAGCUGAAAAAAAUCUACAAUUCUCUCAUGGAACUUUCCAAAGACAAGGAUGUAACCAAGGAAAAAGUGAAAAGUGUCCUGUUGCCCAUGCUGAAAGGCAACAGCCUCUUGUACGACCUACUAAUGCAAAACUUCAAAGAUGAACCGCCUACGGAGAGUUUACUGUCUGGGCCAUAUGAAACAAUAGACAUCAAUAAGGAGCUGGCGAGACCCGAAGGCGAGGAAAUAUUCGAGACUUUUGCGGUGCCGAACGACGAAGACAAAUACGGGGGGCAGAAUUGUAUUUGCCAUUGUCACCGGAUCGAAGAUAAGGAGUAUAAGAGCAGGGCCAAGCAUUGCGCAAAUUGUGGACUUAAGUUCGUCAAUGGCAAACUGUACUUGGCGGCAGGCAGAUCGUUCCAACCGGCCACGGUGACGUUCCGCACCAGUCCCCACACAAACCACAACGCCAGAUUGAUGACGAAACACGCGACGGCACCGAGUAACUCGAUGCACAAGAAAAAACGGUGCGACAGCAGCCCGAACAAAAUCGCCGGUUCUAGCGGCAAAGAGAACGUGGAAGAGGACACCGAGGAGGACGAGCCGCGGAAACGCAAACGUUCGGUGUCACAAAAAACGCCGAAGAAACGACGGAAAACCGGGGAGGCGGCGGCGCCGCCGAAAGCGUCCUCGCCGCCGAAAAAAUCGCUACGGAAGCGCACCUACUCGAGUAAAACGCGAACGAAAAAGGAGGAGAUUAACAAGACUGAGGAGGAAGAGGGCGAGGAGGAGGAGGAGGAGGAGGAGGGCGAAAGUGACAAUUUUAAAGAGGAGGAGGCGCGUGAGGAAAAGACGGAGGAGGAGGAGUUCGAAAUCGUCGCCGAACUGGAGGAAAGCGAACACGAGACCAGCGAGGAACGAGCGGAAAAGUCGCUGGACGAUUGUAUGGAUUCGUCCGGGGAGUCGUUGGAGAAGCCGUCGUCGCCCGGACAACAGACUGCUGAAUCUGAAAGUGAGAUCUACCAAGAGGAGUCGUCCCAAGACAACUACGAGUCGGACGACUCGACCACCUCCGAGGAGAGCACCAAGGGUUCCCAGAGCGACACGGACGAACCCCCGUGGCGGAGGGAGGAGGACACGAUCAUCCUGGAAACCCUCCAGAAGGAGGACGACAAGGAGUACGCGUUACAAAUCAUUGCCGAACGGUUGCCCAGUAGGACCGUGGGACAAAUCAGGAACAGACUCACCAGGCUCAUGGAUCUGUUAAUUGAAACUUUGAGGACCACUUGAGGAGGAACAUCAGUAUUAGCUUUGAGGCGUCCCAAUAUCACUUGUUAUUUAUUUUUUUAAUAGAGUUUAGGUAUAUUUGUUUUACGAUGGUUAUGUAAGUUAAUAAAUCGAUUGACUGGUAA